UGCCCUAUAUAAGAGCCUACAACCUCAAACUAACAAACACUUCUAUGUUGACUGGCUCCUUGUAAUUGACUUACUUUUGGAAAGGAGUACUCCAAGCGUGCCAAAAUGAAGGUGUUUGCUCUUGCGAUCCUGUUGGUCAGCGUCUGCUGCAUGGAAGGGACUGUGGUCAGACGGGAAGCGGAGCAGGCUCCAGCCCCGUCUUCUGAGAUCGUGCAGCAAAUGCAGAGCUACAUUGCUAGCUUAAAGGAACUCGUGCCACAAGAGAAGAUAGAAGAAUUCAAGGCCCAGACAAUGGCUUACGUACAGCAGGCACAACAGCAUGUGACUCCUGCCGUUGAACAAUUCAGGGAGCACGCUACCCAGUUCUUCUCCAGCCUUUUGAGUACCUUCCAGCAAAAGACCAAGUAAAGAGUGGAAGCUGCGUUCAGAGAGGCCAUCAUCUGCUGAAAAGGAAAUUAGGGAAAAUCUAGCACCUUCUUGUAAUCCAAAGACUGGCUGGAUCUCGCUGUGGUUGUAAUAAAGGCACCUUAUUCUCUAA